AAAACAGCGCCGCCUGCCUCUUUCUAUAUACACUUUCCAGACUUUCCGCUCGAAAAAUGUUUCAUUUACGCAAUGAAACGACGUAAUUCGACUUUUAUCAUGCAUAUGCAACAGGUUAAAGGUCAAAAAUGGUCCCGAAAGGCUGACGAUGACUUACGUAAUAAGAGCGUACAUAGUGGGGCAGUCCUGGGAUCUUUUAUAUAUCCUCGGGACCGGGUAUAAUAUUUUUCCGGGCGGUUAGCAACGGGGUUUCUAAUUUCGGAAAGGUAUGCAGCCAAUAUGUCGGGGUUUACGUGGAGGCAUCGUCAGGUGUUCCGGGGCUAUUAAAUGCCUGCGAAGGUUGCGACCUCUCAAACCGCAUGUCAUCCUCUCAGGGGACCUCUCUGCUACCUCCUCAAACUCUGCGAGAAUGGCCUCCUCCAGUGGAGAUACUGCACCUUCUUCCUCUUCGCAUAUUUCGGCGGACCAGGUCCCGACGGCGGGGAUUAUAAUUAUAGGGGAUGAAAUUCUGAAAGGGCAGACGCUAGAUACGAACUCCCACUUCCUGACAAAGCAGCUCUACAGUCUUGGUGUCAGAGUAGAGAGGAUAUCAGUGAUUCCUGAUGAUCUUGAAGUUAUUGCCAAGGAAGUUAACCAGUUUUCUGAAAAGUAUACUUUCGUUCUCACGUCUGGUGGCAUUGGCCCUACUCAUGAUGAUAUCACCUUUGAAGGUGUGGCAGCAGCAUUUGGGGAGAAGGUUUAUCCUCACCCUAUGUUAGUUGGUUUUUUAAAGACUUAUUUCAAAACAGAUGACUUAUCCUCACCGACAAUGAAAAUGGCACACAUUCCAGAAUCUUCUGUUCUGCAUUUUGGUGAGGACAAAAAAAAAGGAGUGAAGUCCCAAUACCCAAUCAUCAGCGUGAGAAAUGUCACAGUAUUUCCUGGAAUCCCUCAUUUAUUAGAGAGAGCAUUCAGCUUGUUAGGAAAGAAGCUUUUCCACAAGCCUGGUACAGGGUUUCAUGUAGGAGCGAUAUAUUUGACAACUGAUGAAGUUUCUAUAGCCUCCAUGCUGAAUAAAACUGUUAAAACCUUUCCAUCAGUGGCUAUUGGUUCUUACCCAAAGCUCUUUCACAGCUACUACAGGACAAAAAUAACCUUGGAAUCUUUAAAUGCUGACGAUAUUGCUCAAGCUUCGCAACAUUUUAAAAGCCAUUUGGAAGAGGGUAUGGUGAUUGACUACAACGAUGAUACCAUCAGCUCUCCAUGGGAAUUUAUCACUAAAUUGAUGGAAUCCUCUGUGUCCUUAAGAAGUACAAUUGAAGAAGCAAUUAAAGUCAUUACCGAUUGUUUGACAAAAUACAAACCAGAGGAAGUGUGUGUGUGCUAUAAUGGAGGAAAAGACUGCUUAGCUGUGCUUCAUCUAGUGUAUGCUGUCAUGCACAUGCAACAUCCCAAUUCCAAGCUACAGGCUGUGUACAUCACUGAAGUAAAUGCCUUUCCGCAGGUUACAGAGUUUGUUCAGCAUUCCAUUAACAGAUAUGAUCUUGACUGCGAAGUUUUAUCAGGACCUAUGAAAGCUGCUUUAACUACUCUGUUAAAGAAGAGACCAGCACUUAAGGCAAUGGUUAUGGGAACUCGUAGAACUGACCCUUAUGCAGAUAACCUUGAAUUUUUUGCACCCACUGACAAGGAUUGGCCAUCGAUGAUGCGUGUGAAUCCAAUAAUCAACUGGGAAUACAAUCAUGUUUGGGAUUUCAUUCGUGGGGUAUACUUACCCUAUUGCACUCUAUAUGACCGGGGCUACACGUCCCUUGGGAAUCAAUCUGACACUUUACCGAAUCCGUUGCUUGAAGCGAAAAAUCCAAUUGGACAAGUGAUGUAUCUUCCUGCAUACAAACUUGGUCAGCAUGACCAAGAACGCAAAGGCCGUAUUUCAUCCAAGCAUUGAUGUUUGUAAUUAUGUAGAUAUGUUUCUAUUUUAAGGUAUUAUAGUGAAUUUUAUCUAGAGGUUUGAUCAAUUGCACAGGUAUCUUGAGAGGAGUGAUAUGAUAUAUAUAUCUUGAGGUUAUUGCAGUUCUAUGUACAAAGACACUCAGUUAUUUUAAGCUGUUUAAAACAAAAUUUUAGGUUCUAUACUAGCAUAAGAUUGCUCUAAUUAGAGCUUGUUACUUUUAUUUGACAGGAUGACUAAGAAUUUUCUUGAGGGUUUUUUCUCCCAGGGUGUUAGAGAUGCCCCAGGGUAAUGGCUGCGCAUCUAUCUUUCACUUAUUUGUCGCAGCAAAGUUUCUAAAAAUUGCAAUGAGAGAUUCACGAGAGUUGCUAGAUACAUAUGAUCUAAGGAAGAAUCUAAAUGUCCAGUCUAAACUUAACAUCUCCUAAAGGAACUUGUCGAUGCCCAAUGUUUAUGAUGAAAGGGAGAAACUGAAUGUCCAGUCUAAACUUGAAAUCUCCUGAAGAAACCUGUCGAUGCCCCAGACCAUUCAACAAGAGCUGAUAUCCUUGUAAUUUCCACCAACUACUUUAGAGCCUUUUCAGAAGAGAGAGAAACUGAUAACCGUAUAGCAACUGUAGCACUUUUGUGAUUUUAUGAUUUACUAGUUCCUUGAACAUACUUCAGACCUAUCGUGCUUUCAUGCAUACGUUGAUGGUGGGUGCCCACACAACCAUUCUGUUUUUCACUUUCUGUACACUUAAGAUAUUCAGACUUACAAUAAAAUGGGCCUAGUGUUAAUGAUUUUGCCAGAUUGUAGGCCAAUGUGUUCCAAGCAUGUUUAUGGUGGGCUAGUCUCUGAUAAGAUAUUUAUAAGGAUAGGUGCAUUAAAAUGCAUUUUUUACUUAAAAUAUUUUUGCCUUACAAUAUUUUCACCUUACAUUAGGUUUAUUGGAACGUACUGAUCCUAUUGUAACUUUAAGAAGGUCUUGAAUUGAAGUUUAUUUCUUAUUAGAAAAUUAAUGGAUUAGUACUAAACUUUUCUGAGGAUGGAAGUAGUCAACAAUAGCAUGAGUAAGGUGUCAAUGCAUUGUCACAAGGAAAAUUCUUUACACACUCAAAAAUUAUAGCAACUUUAGCUGUGUAAUUGUGUUGAUUUUGAUGACGACUUGAUAUAUGGUUUGGGAGGUUUUAUACAUCUGCAAUCAGAUUAAACUUUUGAACAUAACGCCAAAGUAGUAUGACGAAGAAAACUAAAAGAUCAGCCAUUUAUUAGAAGAGAUACAAUGUAAAACAUUUCUAUUAUUCCAUAUGCAUACCAUGUUUAAUAGGUGUAAAUCACAUACUGAGGUAAAAAGAAAAUGAUCCAAAAAGUUGACUUUUACAUGAGGAAAUGUAUAAGACAUUAUUAACUGCAUUUUAGUAUGUCAGUGUUUACAAGUAUCGGCUGGGGUUCUGUUCCCUGCGGGGUACUGUUAAGCGAAAACUGCCAUUAACCGAAACUCUGCAAUUUAUGGCGCUCGUGGUGCCAAGUUUGGUUAAUGGUGCCGAUAACCAGUUAAUGGCCCCUAUGUUAGGUAUGUUAUGGCACCAUAACUGAAACUUGGCCCUUUAUGGCACCAUAAAUUGCUGAUUUUAUGGUUCUAAACAAGUACUACCAUAAAACUGGAUUGCCAUUAAAUGAGUCUACCGAUAACUUGGGACUGCCUGUAUACAGUAGUACUACGCACUUUCUCAAACUUUGUUUUUGAUUGUGUAGUUGUUUUUGAUUGUGUAGUUCUGUUAUGCUAUAGCCUAUCGUAGCAUUUUAGACGGAAAAAACAAAAUUCAGUCCAGGGUUUCUGAUGCGUAACAAAGCUAAGGCUGAAAUGCCAAAAAAAAACUUUAGACUCAAGCUUCACUGUGAGAAGAUGACAGCAUUAUGAUUUCUUAGGUCUAAAAGGGAUAGAAAAUUACUAGUAUGUUAACAUUAAUGGUACAAAAACUUGACUUUGUAACUUCGUUGCAUGUUACUUGCACAAAUUAUUUGCAUCUGUUUCUCUUGCUAACGUCCAAAGAAUUUUUGAUUAUGGUACCUCACAAAUAUAUUAGGAAAUAUAACUGAUAUUAAUCAAUCUUAUUUUUGAUUUAUUAUAUCUAAUAUUUAAUAUGGGAUUUUAAUAAUCAGUGUAGCAUAGAACUAUGAAAUUUAUUUUACUAUCUGAGAUACUGCGGGUGGAGACAUUAUUAACGUAGAACUUCUACACAAAUGCUCUAAUACAGUGUAUGCAGCACUGGUUUUGGGCGGACUUAGAACAAGUAAGAGAAAUUUAUGCUUUAAAAAUCAUAGAAUUUAUUUAUUCAGCUGUCUUAUUAUCAAGAUCAUUAUGAAAAGUGUUAUAACAUGAUCAAAAUACACUGCUGAGAUAUAAAUUUCAAGUUAAUAUUGUAAGUUUUUUCAGGUUUUCAUUACGGCAGUUGAUGGUAAAGUGCCUACGCACUAGACUAGUGCUGGGUGAGGAAAGCAACCUCCAUGACAAACAUUGUAAGAAAAAUAUGUAAGGUCAGCAAGAAUAUCUUUAAGUAUAAUUGUCACUGACAAGAGCAGGAAUGCAAAGAGGAAUAAUAAGUCAAAAAAAGGAGUAUCAAAUGAUUAUAAUUAUCUGAGACCAAAAAUGUACAUUAAAGUUGUGGGUAAGAUACGUAAGAUACUGUGUGAAGCACUAUAGUGCCUCAGUUGAGGGAUGUCCCACAUGCCCUGAAAUGACAGUCUCUCUCAUGGCAAAUUCUUGGUCACUAGUCCCUUUUAAGUGAGGUGAUAAGUUUUUAGUGAGGCAAUGAUUUAUGCUUAGUACAAUUCUAUAGUAUUUAAAUAUGUGCUUGCUCUUUUUGGUAGUGUUCAAGUUUUAUAGUUCUAUUUUACCGGUUAGGUAAAUUAUGUACAAAGAAUUUAGUGAAUUUUUUACAGCACUAUUUGUAAAUACAGUUUCAUACAUUG